CUGUGCCAACGGCUUUUGCACCACCGGCUCUAGGCUCCCGUAGCCGCGGCGUGCCACUGUUCGACAACGGCUCUACCAUAGUAUUAUGUUCUCGCACCGCUUUGCCUUGUCCCCUUUCGACUUCUGAUUCUGCAAUUGCUGCAACGACGACCGAGCACGCCCGGCUCACACGACAUGGCCAGGUGAGACACUGCUGAUUGGCAGCAUGAAAACAGCAUGGCCGCUCCUGUGGAGCAGGCGCAAGAAGUGGGUGAUUGCGAGCCUUGCCAGUCUCUGCAUCAUCGCCCUCAUCCUAGAGGGCGGCAACAGUGGCGGCGGCGGUGGAGGAGGAGCCGGCAAUAAUGAUGAGGAUGAUGAUGAUGGAUACACCGGCGACGGCUACGCAGGGUCUCUGAGAUGGCCGAAUCCAGAGUCCAUCAAGGGCGUCAUCCCAAACAACGCAAUUUAUGUCACUCUGGACCCGACCUUGGUCCGGCGGGACGACGGGAAGCUUUUCCUCCUCACCACCCGCGCCCAGCACGGCUCUACAUGGACCGCGGAUUCCUUGUACGGGCCCUGGGAGUACCAGGGCGACACCCUCGACGAGCAGGGCGGCGCGCCCUCGGUGCACAGGGUCGGGAACACGUGGGCCAUGUUCCACAACCAGCACUUUGACUACUCGACGGUGGGCGUUAGUCACCCGGAGUCGUCGAGUCCCUUCCACGACGCCAGCAUUGUCGUGCAGACAUCCGACACCCUUGAGCCAAAGAGCUGGGUCCGCCAGGGACGGCUCAACAUCACGUGGGCCAUGAAGUACAAUGUGCUCGACGCCGCCCUGCUCACCGUCAACUCGACCACCGCCGCUCGGGACGGCACAACUGGACAGCGGCAGCAGCAGCACCUGCUCACGUUUGGCUCGUACCAGGAGGGCCUCUUCCAGGUGCCCCUGGCGAACCCGCCCUUCAAGCUGGCCGACAACGCCAUGAGCCUGAUGACGCAUCUCGAGCGCAACACCACGGCCGUGCAGCCGCGCGACCAGACCGAGGCGGCCUACAUCUUCGCGCGCAAGGGGUGGUACUACCUCUUCUACUCGUCCGGGCGCUGCUGUCCCGAGCACAGCCCGCAGACGGGCCAGCUGCAGUGGAUGAGGUACGACCAGGCGUACCGCGUCGUGGUGUGUCGUUCUCGGCGGCCAGGAGGGGGUUAUGUGGACAGGGAGGGCAGGGACUGCCUGACGGAGAAUGGGGGGACCGUGGUACUCGCGAGCCACGACGAGAUCUUUGCGCCUGGCGGCCAGGGUGUUCUUGACGAUCCGGAGGCCGGUCUGAUCUUGUACUAUCACUACGCACGGUACGACAUGGCGCGCGACAAGGUAGACGACACGCGCAAGGGGUUCCUCUUUGGCUGGAACAAGCUGCGCUUCGACCGCGACGAGUGGCCAUACAUUGACGGUGCUUGAGCAAGGAAGCUGGAGACCAGCCAGAUUCUUCCCCGAACGAAGCAGAUCCCUCCAUGCACGCAACGAGAUCGGGCAAGUGGGCGGAAAUCGCCGUCUUAAUUCCCGCCGUCUCCAAGCGGAUGAACACGACUCGGUCCACGAUGCACAUAGCUGGACAUAUACGCAUAUAUUCCCUGCCAUACUCUUGCAUUGACGACGCAGCACAUAUACAACAGCGGCGAGAUUAUAUCAGCACCUCCUGUACAAUGCAGGGCAUAACCACUUUUGGGUGACAUAUGCCGAGAGCCAGGACCGAUAGAGCGAACAUAUGGAAUGAGACAUACAGCAUAGAAAUGAAUAGACAGAGAUUGUCUCUCGCGAGGCAAUGGCGAGGUUGAACACGGACAUGUCUUGCCUUUGGGAUGCCAGUCUUGAAAAUAGCAUAUUCUAGUUGAAGACCACUGUGGAGUCGGCUCCCCGCAUUUGCGCCCUGGCAGCGUGCGUGUGGGGG